CAAUUUUGUGAUUUGAGGACACUCAACAGACUUCUAGUUGCGAAAGACGCUUUUCAUCUGUUGACAAAUGCGUGCAUCACGUAUGGUGUACUUCAAAUGUUCUGAGAACUUUCAGCACGGCGUCUUCUUAGCACGUUGAUCACGAUAACCUUAAAAAUAGGUUGGAAUGAAAAGCUGACAAUUAAUGUAGAAGUUAAUAUCCGUGUGUACGCGAUUGUAUACUAAGUACAGAAUGAUCUUCUCUCGUCUUUAUUCAUGUGUCAUUCGUUUAAAAAAUAGCAGUAGAACGAAAAGUAUAUUAAGUGGGCGUAUAGUGAGGUUUGUUGAUCCGACAGAAAGAGCAGAGCUUAACGUCAUUUUUAAAAGAUGUCUAUCAAAUGGAGAAGAAUUAUCAGUUAAAAAUCCUCUAAUACACAACUACGUGGAGAUUUUAGUAAAUGAAUUCAGGAAACUCUCCCUCUGUGCUGAGAAAGAGUCUAGUGUUGGAAAUGUUAUGCAAAGGUUGAAAGAGUUAAAACCUGUAUAUGAUUUCCACUCUCAGAAACAAGAAUUAUUAGAAUGUUUAUCUUCUCUUCAUGAGCUUAAUCCAGAAGGAAAGUCAAAGGAUAAUGAUCUCCAAAAACAAAUAGAAGAAGAGAAAAAAUACUACAUAAGAAAGAUUGAAGCACUCGAUGAAAAGAUCAUUAGUGUCCUGUUACCUCAUAAUCCAGAAGAUGCACAUACUGAAGUAAUGAUGGAAAUAAAUGCAGGUGUAGGUGGCCAGGAAGCAAUGCUAUUUGCUCAAGAGCUCUUUGAUAUGUAUUGUUCGUAUGUUGAUUUUAAAGGGUGGACACUAGAUGGUUGUGAUCGAAAUAUUACAGAUAUUGGUGGCUUAAGGCAAGCUACCCUCUAUAUAUCUGGUGUUCAUUCAUUCAAAUAUUUGAAGCAUGAAGCUGGGGUUCACAGAGUACAGAGAGUUCCUGCUACUGAAAAAUAUGGUCGACUUCAUACUAGCACUGUUUCUGUAACAGUUUUACCUCAAGCUAAUGAGAUAGAUGUCGAAAUUCAAGAUAAAGAUCUGAGAAUUGAAACAAAACGUGCCAGUGGAGCUGGGGGCCAGCAUGUAAAUAAAACAGAAAGUGCUGUUCGAAUUACUCAUAUUCCCACAGGAAUAGCAGUCGAGUGUCAAACUGAUAGAUCACAAAUUAAGAAUCGGAAAGAAGCCAUGAAAAAAUUGCGAAAUAUAUUGUAUAAGAGAAAGAUUGAGGAACAAACUGCCUCUGCUCUUUCUACUCGUAAAAGUCAGGUGAAAUCGAACUUAAGAUCAGAGAAGAUACGCACUUACAAUUACAAUCAGGAUCGAAUAACUGAUCAUAGAGUUAGUGGAAACAUUCAUAAUCUUCCUGAAUUUUUGAUUGGGAAUGAAUAUUUAGAUAAUUUAAUUGAGGAACUUGAAAGCAAUAGUAAAAAGGAAUUGCUUUUUCAGAGAAUAAAAGAAGCAUGUGACCAUGUUAUUUAGUCCUAUUUUAGGUGUGCUAGGUAUACAUGAACAUAAAGAGUUUUGUAAAUAUGUUAUUUUAUAAAUAGGAAAAAAAAUUGAUUUUGUGUGAGAAGAAAAAACAGCUUAAGUUUCUUUUUGUUAUGUCAUGAACAUUGUUCUAAAUCCUUACCCCAGAAUAGCUUUAGUCUCAGUGCUACUUUCCAGUGUUCACAAGAAUUUAAUUUGAGAAAUACCUAAUAGUUGACAAAGAUUUAACAGAUUUGUUAUACUAUUUCAUCAGCUAUUCAGACAGUACUCUCGAUAUGACAAUCUUUCUCACCUCCCCUUCCUUCCAAACAUCUUGACAAAUUUUGAUUAUGUGUGUGUGUGUGCAAAUUGUUGUUCUACCACUUUGCAUAUUGAAUACUGUUCACUGCGUAAGGCACCUUGCCCUGUGUGAUUUUCUAAGAAAUAUACGUUUGUAAUUGUAGAUAUAUCUCUAUUACUUCCUUGACUCAAAUGAAGAUGACUGGAGAUUGUAAGGGUUUUAUUUAUGUUAGCAAAAUUUAAAUCACUGAGACCUUCUUAAAAGAAAAAUAUUCUUCAAGCACCUUUCAGACUUGAAAUACAUCAUGCUUUUAUGAUGAUUUAAACAGCGAUUUAAAGCUUUCCUCUUAAAGAGUAAGUGAAAGUUGGGCUGGACUUCUUCAAAUAUUGUUGCAAAUGAUUUCAAUGUAUGACAAGUGUAUGUUUUCUUUUACAACCUGCAAAUUCAGAAACAUGAAGGCUCAAUGAAUAAAUUUCAUAAAACGAAAAAUCAAUAUGAAGGACAUUUAUAUUAUUUUUCAACUACUAAUACGUAGCAAUACAUGUUUUUUUAAUUAGAGCUAAGUAUUCAUCAAUUCUAGAAAUGAAGCAAUGUCACAUAAAAAUGUACAAAUUCUGUACACAAUUACAGUAUACGUGAUAAAUCUUCUAAAUGUAGAAUUCCUAAUCUUAUUCUUACAAUUAUAGCACGAAUUUAACUUAAGAAGCAAAAUUGUACAUUUGUAUGCAAAGAAAACACUCCUUAAAAGUGAUAAUUUAAAAAAAAAGUUUUUACACAGCACUACAACCCUGUACAAGAAACUGAAUAUCCAUAUGCAACGUUAUCACACAUUUUAUUGUAUACUUUCCAUUAAAAAGAUUCCUACAUUAUACAAAUAUUGGGGAUUGACUCAUAUAAAUUUUAUUACUAUAAAAUAUUACUCAAAAUAAUUCAGCUUGAGUUCUUAUUUUUUUGUUUUUGUUUUUUGUUUUCUAUCAAUAAAGAAAACAA